AUGGGUAAAAUCAAGCUGGUAGAUGGGAAUCCUUACUGUGAGGCUGAUUAUCAUUCCCAGUUUGGAAUCAAAUGUGAACGCUGCACAAAAUUUAUUACUGGCAGAGUAUUGGAGGCGGGAGAAAAACAUUAUCAUCCAGACUGUGCAAGAUGUGUCAGGUGCGAGGAGAUGUUUGCAGAAGGUGAAGAAAUGUAUCUGCAAGGUACUUUAAUCUGGCAUCCAGUCUGUAAGCAAGCUGCCAGGGCAGAAGAAAAACAAAAGGUUACUCGUACAUCUUCUGAGAGCAUCACAUCUGUUCCAGCCUCAAGUACUUCAGGAUCCCCAAGCCGUAUAAUAUUUGCCAAGCUAGAUGAUGAGAUUCUUGACUACAGGGAUUUGGCUGCUCUUCCCAAAGUCAAGGCCAUUUACAACAUUGAUCGUCCUGACAUGAUCUCCUAUGCGCCGUACAUCAAUUACUCUUCCAUUGACAGGCAUAGAAUGGGGGAGCCUCCUCGACUGCAUUAUUCAACACAACCUGAGGACGAACAGGAAGGACCGCGGCAACGUAGAGCUUCCAGUCCUGGAUCCUUUGCGUCUCUUGGCUAUGGACGCUACACACCAACAUGGUCUCGUUCACCACAACAUUUCCACAGACCAGUGCUCACCUCUGGUGGUAUUCAUUCCCUGCAUACUGGUAGUUACAGCUCCUUGUCUACACACUCCAGCCUUCCGUCCUCCCUCACACCUAACUAUGUUCCAUAUUUUAAAGGCAGUGAAAGUCGCUGGAGCACUCCCAGCUUAUCCAUGAACCUAGACAGCAAAUCUUAUGUCCAGGCUCCCAGACAUUUCCAUGUUCCAGAAACCGAGGGGAAAGCAGAUAACAUCUACAGAAAGCCUCCUGUCUACAGACAACAUGUAGGUGAAUGGCAAAGCAGAGGAUUUUGGAUUGAAGACAGCGAUGAAGGCGGCGGACCGGUUUACUGGGAUCAAGAUGACAAAAAAGUGAAGCCGAGUUCAUUGAAGGGCCAGGUGGAGAUUGCAGAUAACUCUCAAGACCUGGACCCUAAAUCAUCAUCUCGAAGCCCUGCUGCUGAUAGAGAACCACUACAAAGAUCCAACAGCGAAUCACUCUUUCAAACAAGAAUUCCUCACUCCAAAUCAGCAUCCCUGCCAGGUUAUGGAAAAAAUAAGUCACACAAGGCUUCAGAGUUUGAAUCAACUCCUGACACCAGCUGGGGAAUGAGAGGUAAGCAACUAUUGCCAUAGUUGUAACACAUUGAAAUCCAUAAAUAGAGCAAAUAGGAUUAUUUUAGUAAUCUGUUCUAUUGUACUCUUGUUUUUACAGAAUACAAGGUAAGAAGUUAACCUCUCCUCUUAAGUCCCCAGUUUUCAUCCACCAGCUGCAUCUGACCAGGUUAUGAUCUUGGUUUUUCUUCAAUCAUGUUUAAUUCAAUAAUGUAUUGUAUUGCGGAAGUGUUUAACAUGGACAUGCUGGGCCCCAGAAAGGCAAAGGACAAGAUAUUGAUUCCCACACAAUGACCUAUUGAUGUCACCAGUGUUAUCAAAGAGGUCCAAACGUAAAUGAAUGUCCCCAGACUCAGGAAGAAGAUCAGAAAAAGCUAUCUUUUUACCGCUGUUUGGCAAUUUCCGAUUAACGGUUGUGGCUGAAAAAAAAAGAAAAUAUACAAAAUAGCUUCACCUCUUACCAAAACAAAAUUGCAGAAGUAAUGAUUUUAAAAAUGUCCUCAUUGUCCAACUGACACAUCUUACUUUUCCACCUCUAUGACCUUUCCCUACACUUUUCAACAUCAUAGUUGACCUUCGACCUUAUUUACAUUGCCUAAAUCCCUUCUCUCCCACCUUUUAUCACAGCUACCCGUACUGGCAAACACCCACAUUCUCUCUCAUCCAUGUUGCUCCCAUCUAUUCUUUUCCUUUAUUCCUGUUUUGAUUAUUGUUUGAUUUUUUUUCUCUAUUAUCUGCUGCUCCUUUUGCCAUUCCCCAAAAUAUCUCAUUGAUAUUGUUAUCACUGCCACCCCGCAUACAAUCUCUGAUUUCAUCCCUGAGCCUCUACCCUAAUGGUUUCCAUCAGUUCAUGAAUUUCAACCUCCACUCCAAUUCCCUUGCAUCCCCUCCUUUUAACAUUUCCAGAUUAUCUCCAGACACUCCCCAUCAUUUGUGGGAAAAUUUGUAGAGUUGAGAUUUUAAUCGGCAGAUUACAUUUAAUAUAGAGAUGUAAUCGGCAGUCACUAGAAACGAGCAUGACUGUCCUCUCCUCUCCAUAGGGUCGUCUAGUUGUGGGUCUGCAGAUGUCUGUAGAGGCCGUAGUAUAUAGAAAUGUAGUAAGCAACACACCAUUAAAGAAGUAAGUGGAGAAAUGAUAAGGUCAUUGGAGAAAUACCCCCCCAAAAAAAACAAGUAGGAAGUGAAAAAUGAAUCAGUCCAUGACAAGCCAAUGUCUUAUUUUGGCAAGAAUGAAAGCAACAUAUGAACAGCAAGAACUUGGUGUAAAUCUUUUUUUUUUAUAGUCUUAAAACUUGCCAGGUUCUAAACCUGGCAUUAGAAAUGGGGGAGAAAAUUGUGUUAAAUUAUCCAGUUGUUAAAUUACAUUUUACCUAUUGCAGAUUUACCCUUAUGAAAUGUUAGCUGUUACAAUGAAAGCUCGUAUCAAACUACCAAAGGAUGUGGACAGGACCAGGCUUGAGCGACAUUUGUCUCCAGAGGAAUUCUAUCGGGUAUUUGGAUUGACAAUAGAAGAAUUUAAUCGACUUGCAUUAUGGAAGCGUAAUGACAUGAAGAAAAAAGCACGGCUGUUUUAACUGGAAAUUAAUACAUACAUUUCAACAGGAAAAUUCCUCCUUGGCAAUCCUACUAAAAAAAAUAAAUGCCUCCGCUCAGAAAUGGAACAUCCAAUGUGUUAUAUCAUCAACCGAUGGAUUUUGAGAAUGUGUGGGCCUUGAAGUUAUGUUAACGCUAAUCUUGCAUGAAAAGCUAGGUAUUGCAGCCAUUAAGCUCUAAGCUUAGACUGUUGUUUGCUGAAGACAUGUAUAAAAUUGCCAUCUAUUUAAAUUAAAGUGUAAUAGAACUGCUUGUGAAAGGAGGGGGGGGGGGGGGAAUGGGAAAUUCAGAAUGUUAAUAUAUAAAAGUGUAUUUUAUUCUGGUGAAAAGAAAAGUGAAAAUCUCCGACCUGGCAAUAAUUUGUUAACAUCUCAUUAAUUGCUCCAGGUUUUUUUAACAAUCACUCUGGUACAAUAAUAUGUUAUUGCAAAUAGGCUAGUUGGUCGGGAGCAUACUUGAGAUCAAUUAUAGAAAUUAAUAUAGGUAUAAUUACUGCUUCUUGCUAAUACCUGUGGAAAAAUUGUGUGGUGGAAAGCAGGAGAUAAAACUAAGUUAGUACUGCACUUUAUUCAUAUAUACAAACAUAUACUCAAGAUUCUAACACCUUGUGCAAUUAUCUGGAUUGGUGUCCAUUAAUACACUAACAUUUUUGUAAAUGUGCAAUAUCUAUAACACUCACAAGAACUAAAUUUAAACCUGCUGCAGUGAAAUGCAACAAAACAUUAUGUCUGCAGUAGUUACAUGUUAGCCAGUCUUUGGUUAGAAGGCCCUUUUAUAAAUCUUGGGCCUAGAUAAUAUUUACAUUAGUGACAAAAUGGUAACAUUUCUGGUUUCAUUUAUUUUACAUAAUACUGGUGGAAUUUUCUGAGUCUAAUUUGAAGUUGUCAUAGAAUAACUAUAGGUUUCAAUUAAAUAUUAAGAAGAAAAAUAUUCAGGAUUAAUUCCACCAACAAAAAAAAACUCCCCAAAGUAAUAUUUAGGGCUCGAAAUUGAGUUGAGAAGCAUCAAUCUAAGCUAGAUGAAAAUGGGUUUCAAAAUGGAAGCACAUGCUUAUUCAUAUAAAUAUAGAAAAUAGGUACAAGAGUAGGCCAUUCGGCCCUUCGGGCCAGCACCGUGGCUGAUCAUCCAAAAUCAGUACCCCAUUCCUGUUUUCUCCCCAUAUCCCUUGAUUCCGUUAGCCCUAAGAGCUAUUAUCUCUCUCUCUAUAUUCAAUUGGAGGUAUUCUAGUUAUGAUAUUGGGUAAGGAGAAACAAAGGAUGUCAGAUACCCAUGGCAGGAACAUCUGCCGAGCUGCCUAACCCAAUAUCUGUGCAUAUCCUCACUGUGUCAUGAGAAAGCCAGCAAUAGUAGUUCCUGUACUUAGAAAACUAGCAACGUUGCUAUAUACGUGGCAUCAUUCUUUCACCAGGUUCAAGAACCCCAAUAUUGAUCAUCCUAUUCCUGACUGCUAAUGUUCUUUGUAGUGAUCCCUAUCUCCAUAUUCAAUCCUGUGAAAUGCUGUCUGCUGAUACGACUCACCCUCAGAUCUUUCACCCACUCUCGACCCCUUCCCUCACCCUCAGCUCUACAUCUUGCCCUCACCAAUAAUACUGUUUAAGGACUGCUAUUAUUUCAUGAUUAUACAUUAACAGAAUUGCUUCACUUCCUAUGAACUUCCCAUCCCCCUCUUCUGACAAAUUCUCAUAAUGUUUUUUUGUCAUUCUUUCUAAAAUCGCUUUAUGUGACUGUUAAAAUUCUAUUUAAACAACUCUUCUGCGAAGUAUUUCAGACAGUUUGCUUUGUUAAAGUUAUUACAUAAAUGCAAUGUUGUAUCUGCUUUCUGCAUUGGAAGUAGAACUAGUCAAUGGAUACUGGUGCUCUUUGCAAAUCAAGGACUGAUUGCUAAGCCAACAAAAUGUGGUCAUAGAUUCAUAGUCAUACAGCAUGGAAAACGGGCAGCAGGCUCAACUCAUCCAUGCAAACCAAGAUGCAUCAUUUAAGUUAGACUCAUUCGCUUGCAUUUGGCCUAUAUCCCUCUCAAAUCUUCCAAUACAUGUGCCUGUUCAAGUGUUUUUUUUAAAUGUUGUUAUUGUACCUUCCCAAACUACCUCCUCUGGUAGCUCAUUCCAUGUACCCACCACCGUCUGAACGAGAAAGUUUCCCCUCAGCUUCCUUUCAAAUCUUUCUACUAUCACGUUAACCUAUGUCCUCUGGGUCUUUAUUCUCCCUUGGCUAAAAGACUCUGUGCGUACACCCUACCUAGACCCCGCAUGAUUUUACACACCUCCCAAGAUCACCCCUAGCCUAUGCAAUCUCUCUCUAUAUUACUGGCCCUUCAGUCCUGGCAACAUCUUAAUACAUCUUCUCUGCACUCCUUCUAGCUCAAUUACCUCCUUCCUAUAACAAGGUGACCAAAACUGAACGCAAUACUCCAAAUGCAUCCUUGGCUACCUUUUGUAAAACUGUGACAUUACGUCCCAGCUUCUGAAGGGCCUGUCCCACUUGGGCGUCAUUUGCACGUAAUUUACGCGACAUCAAUUACGCGUCACGAUGCACGACGCAUGCGUCGGGCCGCGCACGUAAUGCGCGCAUGGUGCGUGGUGACGUAGGCAGUGACGGUUGCCACGGCUCCCCAGGAUUUUGGGCUGGACAAAACCUUCACUCGCCAUCUGCAUGAUGCGCAAAUGACGCUCAAGUAGGAGAGGCCCUUGACUGACGAAGGCCAAUGUACCAAAAGCCUUCUUUACCACCCUAUUUAUCUGUGACACAAUUUUCAGUAAACUGUGCUCGUGUAUUCCUAGAUCCCUCUGCUCUACAAGACUUCCUGAAGCCCUACCAUUCAUUGUGAAGGUCUUGCCCUGGUUUGACUUCUCAAAAUGCAACACCUCAUACUUAUCAGCAUUAAACUCAAUUAGCCAUUCUUCUGCCUACUUGCCCAGCUGAUCAAGAUUCUGUUGAAAUCUUCACUGUCUAUGAAACCUUUAGUGUAAUCUGCAAACUUAUCAUGCUUUAAAUUACUAAUCAUGCCUUGCACAUCCUCAUCUCCAGUGCCCCCCAUAAUGUUUGGGAUUAAGAACCAUCAUAUAUUUAUUUGUACUCCACAAUUUGAGAUUUGUAAUAGAAAAAAAAUCACGUGUGGUUAAAGUGCACAUUGUCAGAUUUUUUAUAAAUCCAUGUUUAUACAUUUUGGUUACACCAUGUAGAAAUUACAGCAGUGUUUAUACAUAGCCCCCCAUUUUAGGGCACCAUAAUGUUUGGGCCACAGCAACGUCAUGUAAAUGAAAGUAAUCAUGUUUAGUAUUUUGUUGCAUAUCCUUUGCAUGCAAUGACUGGUUGAAGUUUGCGAUUCAUGGACAUCACCAGUUGCUGGGACACAAAAAUGCUGGAGAAACCCAGCAGGUGCAGCAGCAUCUAUGGAGCGAAGGAAAUAGGUGACGUUUCGGGCCGAAACCCUUCUUCAGACGCCUAUUUCCUUCGCGCCAUAGAUGCUGCUGCACCCGCUGAGUUUCUCCAGCAUUUUUGUGUACCUUCGAUUUUCCAGCAUCUGCAGUUCCUUCUUGAACACCAGUUGCUGGGUGUCUUCCCUGGUGAUGCUGUGCCCGGCCUGAAUUGCAGCCAUUUUAACUUAUGCUUGUUUUGGGGGCUAGUCCGCUUCAGUUUUCUCUUCAGCAUAUAAAUUGGGUUCAGAUCAGGUGAUUGACUUAGCAACUCAAGAAUUGAUCAUUUUUUAGCUUUGUCCUUUGCGAUUAGUAAGCUCACCAGUGCUCUCUUUAUUCUUAAUGAUGUUCCAAACAGUUGAUUUUGGUAAGCCUAAGGUUUAGAAACAUAGAAAUUAGGUGCAGGAGUAGGCCAUUCGGCCCUUCGAGUCUGCACCGCCAUUCAAUAUGAUCAUGGCUGAUCAUCCAACUCAGUAUCCCGUACCUGCCUUCUCUCCAUACCCCCUGAUCCCCUUAACCACAAGGGCCACAUCUAACUCCCUCUUAAAUAUAGCCAAUGAACUGGCCUCGACUACCCUCUGUGGCAGAGAGCUCCAGAGAUUCACCACUCUCUGUGUGAAAAAAGUUCUUCUCAUCUCGGUUUUAAAGGAUUUACCCCUUAUCCUUAAGCUGUGACCCCUUGUCCUGGACUUCCCCAACAUCGGGAACAAUCUUGCAUCUAGCCUGUCCAACCCCUUAAGAAUUUAGUAAGUUUCUAUAAGAUCCCCUCUCAAUCUCCUAAAUUCUAGAGAGUAUAAACCAAGUCUAUCCAGUCUUUCUUCAUAAGACAGUCCUGACAUCCCAGGAAUCAGUCUGGUGAACCUUCUCUGCACUCCCUCUAUGGCAAUAAUGUCCUUCCUCAGAUUUGGAGACCAAACUGUACGCAAUACUCCAGGUGUGGUCUCACCAAGACCCUGUACAACUGCAGUAGAACCUCCCUGCUCUUAUACUCAAAUCCUUUUGCUAUGAAAGCUAACAUACCAUUCGCUUUCUUCACUGCCUGCUGCACCUGCAUGCCUACUUUCAAUGACUGGUGUACCAUGACACCCAGGUCUCGCUGCAUCUCCCCUUUUCCUAAUCGACCACCAUUUAGAUAAUAGUCUGCUUUCCUGUUUUUGCCACCAAAAUGGAUAACCUCACAUUUAUCCACAUUAUACUGCAUCUGCCAAACAUUUGCCCACUCACCCAGCCUAUCCAAGUCACCUUGCAGUCUCCUAGCAUCCUCCUCACAGCUAAAACUGCCCCCCUGCUUAGUGUCAUCCGCAAACUUGGAGAUAUUGCCUUCAAUUCCCUCAUCCAGAUCAUUAAUAUAUAUUGUAAAUAGCUGGGGUCCCAGCACUGAGCCUUGCGGUACCCCACUAGUCACUGCCUGCCAUUGUGAAAAGGACCCGUUUACCCCUACUCUUUGCUUCCUGUUUGCCAGUCAGUUCUCUAUCCACAUCAAUACUGAACCCCCAAUGCCGUGUGCUUUAAGUUUGUAUACUAAUCUCUUAUGUGGGACCUUGUCGAAAGCCUUCUGGAAGUCCAGAUACACCACAUCCACUGGUUCUCCCCUAUCCACGCUACAAGUUACAUCCUCGAAAAAAUUCUAUAAGAUUCGUCAGACAUGAUUUACCUUUCGUAAAUCCAUGCUGACUUUGUCCAAUGAUCAUCAAAGACCCCUCACACCCCAAGCAUGGACUGUUUGCCCUCCUCACAUCAGGGAGGCGGUACAGGAGCCUCAGGUCACGUACUAGUAGGAUGAGGAACAGCUUCUACAAUAAUACAAUCACAUUGCUGAACUCGGAGUCCCGCCGAUAGAUUUCUUCGGUCCCUCCGUUCCCAUUGUUUAAUUAUUCUGUAUUUUUUGAUUAUACUGUAUCUUCUCUCUUUCAAUUUUUUUUAUUUCUUUAUGCACUACUACUACGGACUGACGCAAAACUGCAUUUCGUUGUACUCAUACUUGUAUUUGUGCGAUGACAUUAAAGUUGAAUUGAAUUGAAUUGAAUUUCCAAAUGUGCUGCUAUCCCAUCUUUAAUAACUGACUAGCAGUUUCCCUACUAUCAAUGUUCGACUAACUGGUCUGUAAUUCCCUGCUUUCUCUCUCCCUCCCUUCUUAAAAAGUGGGGUUACGUUUGCUACCCGCCAAUCCUCAGGAACUACUCCAGAAUCUAAAGAGUUUUGAAAGAUUAUUACUAAUGCAUCCACUAUUUCUGGAGCUACUUCCUUAAGUACUCUGGGAUGCAGCCUAUCUGGCCCUGGGGAUUUAUCGGCCUUUAAUCCAUUCAAUUUACCCAACACCACUUCCCGACUAACCUGGAUUUCACUCAAUUCCUCCAACUCCUUUGACCCGCGGUCCCCUGCUAUUUCCGGCAGAUUAUUUAUGUCUUCCUUAGUGAAGACGGAACCAAAGUAGUUAUUCAAUUGGUCCGCCAUAUCCUUGUUCCCCAUGAUCAACUCACCUGUUUCUGACUGCAAGGGACCUACAUUUGUUUUAACUAAUCUCUUUCUUUUCACAUAUCUAUAAAAACUUUUGCAGUCAGUUUUUAUGUUCCCUGCCAGUUUUCUUUCAUAAUCUAUUUUUCCUUUCCUAAUUAAGCCCUUUGUCCUCCUCUGCUGGUCUCUGAAUUUCUCCCAGUCCUCCGGUAUGCUGCUUUUUCUGGCUAAUUUGUACGCAUCAUCCUUCGCUUUGAUACUAUCCCUGAUUUCCCUUGUUAUCCACGGAUGCACUACCUUCCCUGAUUUAUUCUUUUGCCAAACUGGGAUGAACAAUUUUUGUAGUUCAUCCAUGCAGUCUUUAAAUGUCUUCCAUUGCAUAUCCACCGUCAACCCCUUUAGAAUCAAUUGCCAGUCAAUCUUGGCCAAUUCACGUCUCAUACCCUCAAAGUUACCUUUCUUUAAGUUCAGAACCAUUGUCUCUGAAUUAACAAUGUCACUCUCCAUCCUAAUGAAGAACUCAACCAUAUUAUGGUCACUCUUGCCCAAGGGGGCACGUACAACAAGACUGCUAACUAACCCUUCCUCAUUACUCAAUACCCAGUCUAAAAUAGCCUGCUCUCUCGUUGGUUCCUCUACAUGUUGAUUUAGAUAACUAUCCCGCAUACAUUCCAAGAAAUCCUCUUCCUCAGCACCCUUUGGCUGAUGCCUAACAGUUUUAUUCUUGUUUCUCAGUCUCAUCAUGGCUUCUUUGACUUUUAUUGGCACAACUUUGGUCCUCAUUUUGAUAAACAGCAAUAAAAGUUUCCAAAGGUGAUGGAAAGACUGGAGGAAAGACUAGGUGCUGAGAGCUCUCUUAUACCUGCAUUAAGGAGGCAAUUAAACACACCUGAGCAAUUACAAACGGCUGUGAAGCCAUGCGUCCUAAAUAUUAUGAUUCCCUGAAAUGGGGGGGAUUAUGUAUAAACACAGCUGGUCCUUUCUACAUGGUGAAACCAAAAUGUAUAAAAAUACCCUUUAAUAAAAUUUGACAAUAUGCAUUUUAACCACAUGUGAUUUUUUUCCAAUUAUAAAUCUCAAAUUGUGGAGUACAGAGGCAAAUAAAUAAAUGAUGGGUCUUUGUCCGAAACAUUAUGGAGGGCACUGUAAGUCGCUGAUUUAAACCCAAACAGCAAUGGGCCCAGCACCAUUUCUUCUGGCACAUCAUUAUACUGUUCUCCAGACUACUGUUGGAAUCAGUUCAAAUUUGGCUACCUUAAUUCUGUACAUUGGGUUAAAGUUGAUUGAGAGACUUUUGCAUCUAAUUGUACGAUCUUGUAUCUAACUGUUACAUGUCUGAUCUGGCAGGGCUUGAUUCUGGCAGUGUGUGUCUGAUUUAGGAAAUAGCUCCAUGUACCAGUUGUAGUACCGCUUACAAAAACAGAUUGAGAGAUUUUUUUAAAUAAAUUAGUUAUGGGGAAUAGAUGGCCGCAAAUAAACGGGCCUUACAGCGCCAGAGACCCGGGUUCGAUCCUGACUACGGGUGCUGUCUGUACGGAGUUUGUAUGUUCUCCCCGUGACCUGCGUGUGUUUUCUCCGAGAUCUUCGGUUUCCUCCCACACUCCAAAGACUUGUAUGUUAUUUGGCGGUGUAUGUGUAAAUUGUCCCUCGUGUGUGUAGGAUAGUGUUAGUGUGCGAGGAUAACGUUAUUGGCUUGGUAUAAAUGUUUUUCUUAAAUUGACCCAAGUGUAUGUAGGGUCAUGUUAAUGUGCGGGGAUCACUGGUCGGUGCGGACUCGGUGGGCCGAAGGGCCUGUUUCCACGCUGCAUCUCUAAACUAAACUAAACAUUACGAAUUCUAUUGAAAUGCUCACGACUUUAUCCAAACUGCAAUAAAAUUAGUCUAUAUAUCACUUAUAUUUCAAAUAUGUGCACAAAAUCAAUUCAUUUAGAGAAUUGGAAACAAGUUACAUGAUUGUGACUGUUGCAUUUCACCACCUUCAAUUUUGGACAGGGAAGAUUGGAUUUGUAAUAAGUUAAUCAUUUAAAAGAUCAAGGUGAGUAGUCAGUAAUGGACAGGGUUAUAGGAUGGUGGUUGUGAGCGUUUUACGGCACUGGGCCUGCACUCUCUGGAGUUUAGAAGAAUGAGGGGGAGGGGGGGGACCUCAUUGAAACAUACCAAAUUGUGAAAGGCGAGUGGAUGUGGAGAGGAUGUUUCCACUAGUGGGAGAGUCUAGAACUCAAUGUCAUAGACUCAGAAUUAAAGGACGUUCCUUUGGGAAGGAGAUGAGGAGUCAUUUAUUUAAUCAGAGGGUGGUGAAUCUGUGGAAUUAUGCCACAGAAGGCUGUGGAGGCCAAGUCAAUGGAUGUUUUUAAGGCAGAGAUAGAUAGAUUCUUGAUUAGUACGGGUGUCAGGGGUUAUGUGAAGAAGGCAGGAGAAUGGAGAGAUAGCGAGGAGGGAGAGAUAGAUCAGCCAUGAUUGAAUGGUGGAGUAGACUUGAUGGGCCAAGUGUCCUAAUUCUGCACCUAUCAUUUAUGACCUUAUGAUUCAUAUGAAUUUGCAGUGGUAAUGAAGAAUGUGGCUCUUUGGCAACACAUAUUGGUCAUGGGCUUGUUGCCCAUUAUGUUCUCAUCAUUAGGAGGCUCUAAGCUAGCAACACGGUCUUGUAAAAUUACCCUUUAAUAUCUGCUUUGAAAUAUUUAUAUACUGUAUUAACAGUGCACAUAAAAAUAAUCUAAUGCAGUACAUGUGCAUGAGCUACAGUUUGUUGUUUCAAUCUGCAAUCAAUUAUAAAAAGCAGAUGCAAGAAACAAACACAGACAACAACAAAAAUCAAACGUUUUUGAUUACCAGCCAGGAUUACAAAGCCAUUAGUUAUAGACAAACCACUUUCAAAUUGAAGUUUUUGAAGUUGUUUUCAUAAACCUGUAUUAGUUGACUAAUAAUGUAUUGAAGUGAUUAAUCCAGGAAUUUGAAAAUUCUUAGAUUAACACUUUGCAUUAACACUGGUGAGCCUUCAUGCGGAAGUCUGCAAAUGUGUAAGGUUGCAGCAGAA